UAAAAGAAGGCUGAACCAAGGGCUCUCUAGCCAGAAUCCUUCUCAGAGGCUCUGUAUCCAGUAACUCAACCUUCAAACAACUGAAAAAUCAAGGGCAUCCUGCUUUUGACAAAUUUAAGGCAGAAUUUUAACUGCCUGACCUAAGUUCCCCUUAGGGACAAAAUGUUCUUUGGUGGGGUUUGGGUUUUUGGGGGGUUUUUGUUUGUUUUGUGAAAAGUCAGAAGUAAACUUUUCAUUCUUUGGCUUUCCCUUGAGUGAGCCUUGAAACUGUGUAGUAACUUUUAAGAGGAGGAAAGAGACUAUCCAGUUGUUUUCUCUUCUCUUUUCACCUGCUACCAUCUCCAAAUACUGUGCAUCUGCUUCCCAAAGCAAAGGAAGGAGCUGCCUGCCAUGCACUUAGAAGAUUGUGAGAGUCCUGUGGAGAGAUCUUGCUGUCUAAUUGAACUUGAUGCUAAUGAUGGAGGCAACUAUGAUAUUGUUAAUGAUGUGUCCAGCCCAGCAGCAGGGGACUGCUGCUCUCGGCAAAGUUCUGCCAGACACAACUGGGAAAUGAACUACCAAGAAGCAGCAAUCUACCUCCAGGAAGGGGAAAACAAUGAUAAAUUCUUCACCCACCCCAAAAAUGCCAAAGCGCUGGCUGCCUACCUCUUUGCACACAAUCACCUUUUCUACCUAAUGGAACUGACCACAGCACUGCUUCUCCUCCUGCUGUCUCUGUGUGAGGCCCCUGCUGUCCCUAUGCUCCGCCUUGGCAUCUACGUCCAUGCAACCCUGGAGCUGUUUGCAUUAGUAGUGGUGGUCUUUGAACUAUCUAUGAAGAUGAGAUGGUUAGGCUUCCACACGUACAUCAGACACAAAAGGACCAUGGUGAAGACUUUUGUCCUAUUUGUGCAGUUUAUAGAGGCCAUAGUGGUCUUAGUACGUCAGACUUCACACGUCCGAGUAACAAGAGCUUUGCGGUGCAUCUUCUUAGUGGAUUGCCGUUACUGCGGAGCAGUUAGAAGGAAUCUACGACAGAUCUUUCAGUCUCUCCCUCCUUUCAUCGACAUCCUUGCCCUCUUGCUUUUCUUCAUGGUGAUCUUUGGCAUCUUGGGUUUUUAUUUGUUUUCUCCUAACCACUCGGAUCCUUAUUUCAAUACCUUAGAGAACAGCCUCGUGAAUCUUUUUGUCCUUCUGACCACUUCAAAUUUCCCUGAUGUGAUGAUGCCAUCUUACGCCCGAAAUCCCUGGUCCUGUGUCUUCUUCAUAGUGUAUCUCUCCAUUGAGCUCUAUUUCAUAAUGAAUUUGCUUCUGGCUGUCGUGUUUGACACAUUCAAUGAUAUUGAAAAGAAGAAGUUCAAGUCCUUGCUGCUGCACAAACGCACAGCCAUCCAGCAUGCCUACCGUCUGCUCAUCACCAAACAGAAUCCAUCUGGAAUCUCAUUCAAGCAUUUGGAAGGGCUGUUACGAUUUUACAAGCCUCGAAUGUGUGCCAGAGAUCGUUAUCUCACUUUCAAAGCACUGAAUCAAAGCAAUACACCUUUAGUCAGUCUAAAGGAUUUUUACAAUUUCUAUGAAGUUGUUGGCUUAAAAUGGAAGGCAAAACGAAAUCGUGAACACUGGUUUGAUGAGCUUCCACGGACAGCCUUCCUUAUUUUUAAAGGCAUUAACAUUCUGGUGAAAUCCCAAGCAUUCCAGUAUGCCAUGUAUACUGUGGUGGCAGUGAAUGGGAUCUGGAUUUUAGUGGAGACAUUCAUGCUACAAGGUGGGAACUUCCUCCCCAGAGAUGUCCCAUGGAGUUACAUAGUGUUUCUCACAAUCUAUGGGGUGGAGCUGCUUUUGAAAACCACUGGACUGGGACCCAUUGAAUAUCUGUCCUCCGGAUGGAAUUUCUUUGAUUUUUUAGUCACCCUGUUUGCCUUUUUGGGUCUCCUGACACUGGCGUUCAACAUGGAGCCAUUCUACUUCAUCGUGGUUCUGCGACCCAUUCAACUGCUUAGACUCUUCAAAUUGAAGAAACGCUACAGAAAUGUCCUGGACACCAUUUUUGAGCUGUUUCCCCGUAUGGCCAGCCUGGGGUUAACUCUGCUUAUCUUCUACUACUGCUUUGCCAUUGUAGGCAUGGAAUUUUUUGCAGGGGUUGUGUAUCCAAACUGUUGCAACACAAGUACAGUGGCAGAUUCCUAUCGGUGGUUGAACCACACAGUUGGCAACAAGACAGUAGUGGAAGAAGGUUACUAUUAUCUCAAUAACUUUGACAACGUCUUGAACAGCUUUGUUACACUGUUCGAGUUGACUGUUGUCAAUGACUGGUACAUUAUUAUGGAAGGGGUGACAUCAGAAACCUCUCAUUGGAGCCGCCUCUACUUUAUGACCUUCUAUAUUGUGACCAUGGUGGUGAUGACUAUCAUUGUAGCCUUUAUUCUGGAGGCUUUUGUGUUCCGCAUGAAUUACAUGAGAAAGAACCAAGAUUCUGAAGAAGACAAUGGCAUUGUCCUGGAGAAGGAGAUCUUCAAGGAGGAAAUGGUUGCUGUAACUGAGCUUUACAAAAUAAAUUGUGCCACUUCUGAAGUUGCGCAGCUUCAGAAGAUCAUUGUGCAGAUGGAUAAAUAUGAGCAACCAUCAAUGCUGUUUCUGGGACGGAGAUCAAGAACCAAAAGCGAUUUAAGUAUAAAAAUGUAUGAAGAAGAGAUACAGGAAUGGUAUGAAGAACAUUCCAGAAAAGAAGAAUAUCAGCAGCGGCAGGAAGCUUUGCCCUCCUCCUCCAAUAACCCCCUGAAGCCUUUGGGCCUCAGACAACGGUCCCAGACUGUCAUCUAGGCCGAGCUAAUGCAAGCCAUUCUUCUAUGCAAUAACCAUAUAGUAUUGUUUUACAAUGUAUUAAAAUAAUGUAUAUAGAUCUAUUCAGUAUAUUGGUUGGGUUUAGGGUUUAAGUGUCCCUUCCCUUAGAAGGCUAUAUGAGUUUAAAUAACAGACAAAGAGAAACCUAGAGGACUUGGAUUAGGACUGCUGGAACCCAAGAAUCAUGUUUAACCUUCUUCAGCAAGCUCAAAUUACUGCAGUUGUGAGCAUCUAAUACAGAGUAUUCAGUCAUGGUACCUCUCCAUCUUCCAGGCACGGGCCUACAGUUCAUCAUGCCAAUAAAAAAAGAAACCAGAAGGAAGGGAUGCUUAAUCUUUUGGAAAAAAUGCUGAACUCACCUGCUAAUAUUCAAGUCCUGCCUCUUUAAAAAUAUUUUUUCUUUCAGUGAAUCAUUAAUUCUUGACUCAAAAAAUCAGGGAGUAAGUUUGUAUUUCUUUCCCCCUCUGGUAUAAAGCCAGAUGGGCUGGAUGAAAAGUUUAGCACUUAAAUGCAUAACUAAUCCAUGUCUAAAUCUCUGUGCUUACUGAUGCAUCUUGAGGCAGUCCUGAUAACAGCCCAAUCGUGGGCAUCUAAUCCAGCCCCUUCUGUGGUGGCUGAGCACCAGAAUUGCACUCUAGCAGGUCUGUAGGACAUGACUAAAAAUUACAAGACUUGAUGCAACUUCUGGAGAAAUUUUUCCUGGAGUAGUGUGCUCCUGGGGUUCAGUACUGACUAUCUGGGCUGUCCAGGGCUGGGAGCAAUUUGCCAGAGCCCAAAACACUCAUUGUCUUAUGAGGUGGGAUGGGAGAUCCACAGCACUCUCUGCGGUUCUCAGCCCUGGCUGUUGAACCGUCCGCUUUGUAAUGGAAGAGCCGUGCCUGGUCCUGUGCUCUUCUUGGCCUUGGCAUUGCAGAUGGAGGGGUUCUUAUGGCACCAGAGUUGUGACAAAACCACAUAUGGGCACUUUACUCUUCCCUGGCUCACUUGGCAAUAAUAUUCCCAAAGGUGACAAACAUUGACUGACCUGGUGACAGAGACCUGGCAGGGACCGUUGCUGUUCCUACUAUCCUUAGUUCAGAGCAGUGUGGGGAAAAAUGUGUGGUAUGCCUUUCUGUAUCAUACAGGAAGACUUCUUGGCUGAAUGAAGUAUCUUCUAUUCCCAGCUCUGUCACCGAGUUGCUUCUUGACCCUGAGCAAUUUCCUUAAUCUCUAUGUGCUGUUCUGCCCACAUAUUGGGAAUAGUCACUUCUAAUAAAGCACUCUUUUUGGAUCUCUGGAAAGUAUUGCGCAUUGGAUGUAGUGGCAAAACGUAUAUUAGAAGCUGCCAUGCCCAUCACCUUAAUUUUUGCUCUCUCCAAAUUAAGCCAUACCCAGAUAAAAGACUGCCUCUUUCCUCUAGGUAAACCAAAGGGCAUAAGUUUGCUUUCAAAGUUAAUUCUCCUUUCACUCUCUGAAUGAGUUUGUUGCCUAUCAACCCACUGCCCUAAGUCAGGGCUCGGCAAACUUUAAGGAGCAGCUGGGCCAAAAAUAAGAUAGCCUGCUCCAGAGGAAGGUUACCAGGCAAGAUCCAGCCAAUGCUGCCACCCCCUGUGCCCCAGCCCUCCCUGCUGUAUGUAUGCCAAGGACUGACCUUUUGCUUUCACACCUGCUACUGCAGCCUCCACCCUUUGCCCCUGUCACCAACUGCCUCAAGCAACAAAUUUGGUAAAAGAAGUGGUGGCUGCAGUAAGGGGGUGAGAGAGAGAGAGAGAGCAAGUGGCAUUGCAAAAAAAACUAUAACUGGACAGCAAAGGGAGAUGAGCCUGUCAUCUACCCCAAUUAUGCUGCUUUGCACAGGCCAGAUGCAAUCACUUGUUGGCUGAAGACACCUGCCCUAAACUAAAGAACAUGUGGAGUGUACUGGGAAGGGGGUGAUAGAUUUCCACAGCGUGGCUCUAGUGGACAUCUAGAUGCCAUUGUCUCGCUGCUACUGAGAACCAUGAUGGGAUUUUCAACUGUGCCUUAAUGACUUAAAGCACAAGUCCCAGUGACUUGUGAGUGACUAAAGCACAUGUCCUUUGAAAAUUUCCUGCAUGUGUAGAGGACAGAAACAUUUUGAUCAGUUUAAGGGAUGGGUGGUCUACACAGUAGUCGGUUCACCUGUAUCCAGAGCGUGCAACCUAUCCUUGGUGCUGCACUGUUGAAUUCUUUCAUCUGGGUGCUCAAUGUCUUCACGUUCUGUAUGGGUACAGUGGAUUGUAGGGUUAUCAAUUACUUCUGAGCUUAAUUGUGAAGAAUGGGACUGGUGUCCAAACACACCCAGAUCACUAAGUAAUGAACAUCCUUGAGCACAUCUACACAUGGACUCCCAAGUGCCAGCGUUUUACACUCCAUUAGUCAUUUUUGGAUGCUAUGGAAGUAUAUAGCUUCCCCUUCUCAGUUUCUUGCAGGAUGGAAUGUGCCAGAAUUGUACAGGUUAAAAUCAAAUCUGGCAGUGUGGGAAAAUCCACUCUUCUCUUAUUGAUCACUGAAGGGUUUUUUUCACUCCUGGGUGGGAAAGGAGCUAACGGCUUUGAGCUGUAUGAAACAUGGAUUUGCCUGCUUAAUAUGAGGCAAGUUUUUUUCCAUAAGAGCCUUGAACUGAAGGAUUCACAUUGAUGCUCUGAGAUCUGUUUUGGAGCUAAACUGCCACACCUGCUUUCCAUGACUUUAUUGCUGAAAAACUGACCUGCCCCCAAAUUAUGCACUGUAUUAUUUGAACUUAUAAGGUUCGAAGAGGUUACUUUUUCCAAAUGACUUAGUCUGAAAGGAAAAGGAAGUUUGAGUACGGGGCAUCCCCUUCUAAUUGUCCUCCACGUACCCUUCGUAGACAGAGACUUACUCUUAACCAAGAAGACAAUCAUUUUGUAGGGACAAGGGAGGAAGUAUGGUAGGAUUUUGUACGAUGGUGUUUUGUUUAUAAAUGGUUUUAUGGACAUGUCUGUACAUGGUUCUAUAGAUUUUCUGGCACACUAAUAAAAACAUCCUCUGCUUUGUAAUGACA